AUGGUCAACUUGGCAAUUGCCUUCCCUAUUGUGCUGCUCGCAUUGGCGGCGGUCGCAAUCUAUGUACAGGUUACCUCGAGCAACCUCUUUCUCCCCAUAUCGACCGGUACUACCGUCCUCACAAUUAUUUUACCGUUUAUAGCAGCCGCCAACAUCUUCUAUACGCCGCUACUUCGCCGACUGUUCCAGCAGAGAGUUGCGUCGUCGCCUACGCUGUUACGGUUCUUGCCCGUAACCCCUCCGGUCUUGCAGGCCAUACUGACGGUGGUUCUGGCUACCCUCGCAGCCGAGGGCUUCUCGUCGGGCCAGGUGAUCGAAUGUAGUCUAGAGAGGAACUGGCAACGUCUAUGGAGCGCACAUGAUAACAGAGCUAUUCAACGCAUACAGGAUACUUUCGAUUGUUGCGGCCUCCGCUCCCUCGUGGAUCGCAGUGCGCCCAAUGGCCGGUGUAGGGAGCUACACGAUGAUAGAAGCGACUCCUGCCUCGUCCCCUGGCGUGCUACGAUGGAGCGUAGUGCCGGGCUCGAGUUCGGCGUGGCGGUAGCCGUCGGCAUUGUUCAGUUAAUCCACCUCGUACUCUUUGGACUACGUAACUCGGGAAGUAAUGGCAUAGCUGGCUACAGACGCUUUGUUGGCUCUGAUACUCGCGAAGCCUUAUUAGAGAACGGGACGGUGGACGAAGACGAUGGAGAUCAGAUUGAGGGUGACGGCGAGAAUGGUCGCAACCGUUCUAACCAUGGCACCCCUGAAGACGGGGCGAACCAUAGGCUCGAGCCAUCUGGCCUUGGCGAAGAAGGAAAUAACUGGAGAUGAUUGUCCUUGUUGACCAUCCCAGCAGAGGAUGAUUGGUUAUAGCAUAGGCCUCUCGGAGGACCGAGAACACUGAUGUCAACAGAACAAGUUUGUAAAAUAGGGGAACAACUAAUAGUCAAGGUCGUAAUGCUUAUAAGGGCUAGUACUGCAUCGCUAUACCGCU